AUGGGCAUCUCUGACGGACUCGUUAUCUUUCUGGUCAUACUCGGCGCAGGCGCCGCAGUCAUUGUCGGAUACGCAACAAUGCGCUUCUUUUGCCAGGACAGCCCAAAGGAAAGCACAGAUGGAAUCGGCAGUGGAUUCAACCAAGCUGCAUACAUGCGCGAUGUGCGGUCCAGAAACCAGGAAAACCUUGCGUCCGACUAUGGCUACGGUCGUAGAGAUGUGGAUCGAAUGAGAGCUGAUGCCCAUUCCGGGUUGACCUGA